AUGGCGGUACAGGACCUGAGGGAGGGUGAAGAGCGCAAGGAGAUGACUGAUCCCAGCACGCGGACGUGCCUGAAGCCUGACCCGAGCGGGGCGCGUCUCACUCUUGACCCAGCGCAAGGCUCCGACACCGCCACCUACAAGUGCCGGGUGGACUUUGAAAUGUCGUCCACCCGCUCCACCCUCGUCACCCUCACUGUGUACGUCGUGCCGUCGUGCCUGGUGCUCCUGGACACUGGAUGGAGUCCUGUCCACGGCGGGGUGCUGAGGUCACUGAUCGAGGGUGACCCGCUGACCCUGCAGUGCACCGCAUCGGGGUCUCCUAUCGGGGUCAAUAGUGGCGAGUUGCCUUAA